CACCCACCUCUACAUCUCCUCCGACAUGAAGGAGGUGAGCGAAUCCCUCCUCUCGUCGGCCACGGCCUGCCCCAGCCGCCCCUCCCCCUCCGGCCCCCUCCUCUCCAGGGUCCGGUACAAGCUGUGGGCCCUCGCCGCCGUCCUCCUCCUCGCCCUCUGGUCCAUGCUCGCCGGCACGUUCACGCUCAAGUGGUCCGCCCGCCGCCCCUCCGACGACCUCGACGGCCCCCUCCUCGAAGACGUCGACGUCCUGGAGAUGGAGGAGCGGGCGAAGGUGGUGAGGCACAUGUGGGACGUGUACGCCCACAGCCACAGCACCGGCCGGCUGCCGAGGUUCUGGCAGCAGGCCUUCGAGGCGGCCUACGAGGAACUCUCCGGCGACGACCCCGCGUCCAGGGACGCCGCCGUCGCCGAGAUCGCGAGGCUGUCGAUGCGGAUGGUCGAUCUCGAGCCUCCCCCGCAACACCCAAAGAACGCUGAACCGGAGACCGAUCGAAGCGAAGAAGACAUCGGGCCGAAGUCGAACUCGUCAUCAUUCUCGUCGGCAAAAGCUCGGUGACUGUGACCGUCGGAAUUAUUCGGCAUCAACGCUUCUCAUGACGAGCAACACAUGUAGCGGAGCACAUCACAAAAUGUUUGUCCUCCUCCUAAGUUCUUAGAAUGGGGAGCACGCAAAGGCAACGCAAUAUGCUCUGACUCCAUCUUCUCAUGUGGUUCAUGCAGAGUCUCUUUGUUGUCGAGGAAAACAAUAAAGCUAUUGUUAUAGA